GCUCUCCUUCAAAUGCAAUAUCUUUUUCACUCCUGAGCCAUAUUUAUUGGUGCUCAAUAUCACUCAUCAGGCUUUUGUCGCUAACCUGCUCGGCGAUGGGCGUACUGCGCCACCGCCGCCGCCGUCACACUCUUAUACAAACUCUCACCGCCCUAACAAUAUUUCUCUUAUUCGCCACUGCCACAGCCAUCUCUCUCUCCCACCUCGGUAGUACUAGUAGUCAGCAGCAGCGAGAGUUGAGAGAGAAGAGUGAAGAAGCAGAAUCAAGAGCAAUAUUCGGGUUGACCCGGAGGACGCCGCUUGGUCUCGGGUCGUCGCCACCCUCGUGCCGAUCCAAGUGCGGUAGAUGCUCGCCUUGUAAUCCUGUGCACGUGCCGAUCCACCCUGGCCUCACCACCCCCCUUGAGUACUACCCUGAAGCUUGGCGGUGCCAGUGCGGGAAGAAGCUCUUUAUGCCUUGAAAGAAACAAAACAAACACAGAUGAAGAGAAAGAAACAAGUAGAUAUAUCAGUUUUUUUUUUUUUCUUUCUUUCUUUUUUCUUCUUCUUCUUCAAGUAAUAAUUUAACUAGCUAGAUUGCUCUCCUCUCAUGCGUGCUUCUUUUCUAGGCUUUUAUAUUAUAAUUAUAAUUAUUGUUGCUGAGAACGUUGGGAAUGUAAGAAUUUAGGUGAUAUUAUCGAGAGGAGAGGGAUCGAUCUCUCUCCUCCCUCCUCCCUCCUCCCUCUCCUUUCUCAUGUGUUACUUUAAUUAUAUAUGAUAGUUCAAAAAUGGAAGUUAAAUGUGUAAUUAGUUAAGA